GUGUCAACAGUGUCCCUAACCUCACUUUUGUACAAAUUGUUUGGUUUAAAGCAAAAAAAUGAAACAGAUUUUCUUCUGUUCGGUCUCCAAUUGCUAUACAAACAGCCAAACCCACCCUUUGUUGUCUUUCCACCCGUUUCCCCCCAAGUCUGUGACUUACCUCUACGUGAAGACCCUCGAGAAGGGCCCCGAGCGCCGCAUUUGCAUCCGGAAACUCUGGGAGGCAAUCCUCCUGAUGAAAACCCCCGCGAAGCGCGAACGCGUCUGCUCUAUGCAUUUCCAGAAGACGGAUUAUGGUGCAAACACCCUCAAUAGUAGGGCCAUCCCCACAUUGAACCUGCCCCAGGCCCCCAUCAGCGUGCGCGUCUGCGACGUCCACUCGUGCACCAACCAGGACAACAUCCAAAAAAACAAGCAUUUUUUCACAUUACAGCGCAACGAGUCGAAUUUGUGGCGCUUCCAAAACUGGAAGAAGUUCACAAGGGGGCGCAGCGAGAAUGAGGUGACGGUGUGCUCCGAUCAUUUUAUUCUAGGGUUUCCGGUGGACAAUCCCCGGAGUCCGGAUUACGUCCCCAGUCGGUGUUUGGACCCCCAGAUCGAGGAGGUGGAUGUGAGCGAGUGUGGGGGCGGUGUCAGUGUGGGGGACUGCACCAGGGAGGAUCCCCUACAAGUGGCUGAGCCCGAAUUCGUGGGGGUGGUGGACACGCGAGAGGCGGGGGAACUACCCGAGAAUAUUUUUGAGGAGUGCAUCAAAGUCGAACCGCUGGAUCUGGACGAGGAGGCUUUGGGGAUUCCCCCACACGAAAUUAAAACCGAGGCAAACCCUCAAGAGGAACACUCGUAUUGCAAAUAGUUUUUAUUAUAAAUCUAUAAAAAAAGGUGUUUUUUUGAAUUUCUGAGUCGGUAUUAAAGAUCUCUUUCUUGUCAACUGUGACCACAAAAUUAAAUAAAUCAAACGCUCAAGACAAGCAUUCGUAUUGUAAAUAGUUUCUAUUAAAAGUUUAUAAAA